AUGUCUCUGCCAAAUAGACCAUCUUUCCAAAGUCUUGUUAAAUUUCUGGACCUUAACCCCGAGGUAGAAUUUAUUCGAUAUCAAUUCCUGGAUAUUGGAAAUGUUUUACGAUUAAUAACUGUCGCCAAAUCUCAUGCCCUCAAUUUGGCCGAGAAACCUCUCAAAGUAUCUUGCCUUAGCCUUGGUUGUCUUCCAGAUGAUUCAAUAAACAUAACUCGAUUUCAACCGGCUGGAUAUGAUGAACUUUAUCCAGAUUGGAAAAGUCUUCGAUUAUGUUCUUAUGUGGAAAAUGGAGAGACACAUGCCAGUGUCAUGUGUUUUGUCAAAGAAAUGAGUCGAAAUUUUCCACCUUGGAAACGAGAUCCUCGAUCAAUAUUAUACGAAACUUUGAAUCGUGCAGAGAAACUAGGAUUUCAAUUUCUUAUAGGAUUUGAACUCGAAUUCCACCUUGCCAGAAUCGACGGAGAGAGAUCAAUAAAGCAAGUGAGUCAAUUUUAUGGUGCGGCGGCAUUUAGAGAUAGGACUAUAUCUCAACUGAUAGAGGAAUGCAUUCGAUGUCUAUUGAAUUCUGGAAUUGAAGCAACUCAUUUUCAUAGUGAAGUUGGACACGGAAUGUUUGAAAUUCCAACAGGUCCAUUGAGACCAAUCGAAGCAAUCGAUACACUUGUUUAUUGUAAGGAAGCUAUCCAAACAAUUUCUUUAAAGCAUGGAUUCAAAGCGACAUUCUUUCCAAAGCCUGUAUUAUCACCAUCUCAAAUAGCUGUUGGAGCUCAUGUUCAUUUCUCAAUUGACAAUACGACACAAGAAAUUGCUGAUAAUUUUUUGGCUGGCAUUCUUGACAAUCUCCCGGCUUUAUGUGGAUUCAGUAUGCCAAAUCAUGAUAGCUAUCAUCGAUUAGGAGGGCAUAGAGGUACUAUUGGUACUUGGGUUGGCUGGGGAGAAGAAGAUAAAGAUAUCGCCGUAAGAAAAAUAUCUGGAAGAAUAGGUUAUUGGGAAAUUAGAUGUGCGGAUCAAAUGGCAAAUAUGUUUUAUGUUUUAUCUGCAUGGAUUACAGCUGGAACUUGGGGCGUGAGAAACAAAUUACUAUUGAAAUGGAAGAAUCCUCAAAGUCUCGUGGCAGAAAUGAGUCGGGAGCAAGUGGCGGAAUUGAAUUGGGACACAAAACUUCCGCUUUCUCUUAUUGCUGCCAUAACUGCAUUAGAAGGGAAAGCAAAUAGUGAGCCAUUGAGUGAACUCGGAGAGGAAUUUCUACAUAUGUAUAUUGAUUUUAAAAAGUUGGAAGCUAAACAAGCCGGAGAAAAAACGGAGGAAGAAAGACUUGAUGUACUUACAACGAUUUUUUAA